AGGGUUUAUUUCUUCUUUGUCUUCAGAUAAUGCAAUAUAUUGGUUUAAUUCUGAUAAUAGCGAGGCAGUUGAACUAGAGAGUUCAUUGCUAGGUACUUCAUGGUGCAAAAAUUGUGAAAAGUAA